AUGGCCUUCGAGACCAAAGCCACCAUCGCCUCCUUCGGGGGCAAGCUUCUCAAGCUCACCCACCAGUCCACCAGCACCGGCACACCCAUGAACGUGAACCUGUACCUCCCACCCGCCGCCAUCGCCGGCACCAAGGUCCCCGUCCUCAUCUACCUCUCCGGGCUAACCUGCACCCCGGACAACUGCACCGAGAAAGGCUUCUUCCAAGCCCACGCCUCCCGCCUCGGCAUCGCCGUCGUGUACCCAGACACCUCCCCGCGCGGCGCCAACCUCCCCGGCGAGACCGACAGCUGGGACUUCGGCGCCGGCGCCGGCUUCUACAUCGACGCGACCGCGGCGCCGUGGAGCGCGCACUACCGGAUGGAGACGUACAUCUCCUCGGAGCUGCCCGCCGCCCUCUUCGCCGCCUUCGCCUCCUCCCUCGACAGCGCCCGCGUCAGCAUCACGGGCCACAGCAUGGGCGGCCACGGCGCGCUGACCCUCUACCUCAAGAACCCCGGGAAGUACCGCAGCGUCAGCGCCUUCGCGCCCAUCGCCAACCCCUCGCUGUGCCCCUGGGGCCAGAAGGCCUUCUCCGGAUACCUCGGCGGCGGCGGCGGCGACAACAAUGCCGAGUGGAAGAAGCACGACGCGACGGAGCUUGUCAAGGCGUGGAAGGCCGGCGACGACCUCCGCGCGCUCGUUGACGUCGGCACCGGCGAUAACUUCUACAAGGCCGGUCAGCUGCUCCCGGAGAAUUUCGAGAAGGCUGUUAAGGAGGCGGGGGUCAAGGGGCUGGAGUUGAGGUAUCAGCCUGACUACGACCACUCGUACUUCUUCAUGGCCAGCUUCUCCGGGGACCACGUCGAACACGCCGCCAAGUACUUGUUUGCGUAG